AUCACACAGUCACCAUUUUCCUGCGCACAAACACUACUUCCAACCCCAUUUCAAAAAACCAAAAACUCCGUUCUCCACCGUUCUCAUCACCGCACCCUCUCAACUCCGCCACACCUCCUCAAAUUCGCGGAAAUGAAAUUAGGCUUAGGGUUAGGUUAACACUUCGCAAUCCUCAAACCGUUUCUCUUCAUACUUCGUAUUGUAGUUGCAGAAAUUUUCGCUUAAUUGUUAAUUUAGGGUUUGUGCAUUUGGGGUCGUUUGAUUUUUAGGUGAAAUGUCUAAUUCUUCGAGGGGUCGAAUUACCAUUACUCUUGGACGCAGUGGUCAGGUUGUGAAGAGGGAUGUUACUGCGGUGGAUGUUCCUUACUCUUCUUCUAUGUCUUCGGCUGGGACUAAGCGGUCUGUACGAGACAGAAUUGGAUAUAGUGGAGAUAGUUCCAUGAGGCAUGGAAAUGGAGUCAGCGGCAAUAAACGACAGCGAGGAGAUGCAAGCAUGCGAAAUGGACCUGACGAUGGGCGUAUUGGCAAAGAUGAUCUCCGAUUGAAACUCAUGCGAAAAAGUGCGUCGAGGAGAGAUGAAAGUAAUGACAAUAACAGGAAUGUCGAUCUCCGUGAAAAAUUGAAAAAGACAGCUCACCCUCCGACAAACAGUUUUAAUUCAAAGCAACACAUGCCGGAACCAAGGGAACCAAGCUUGUUCAGGCCAGUUCCUUCAGCUAGAAGUUCUGAUGAUAUAAUGCGUAUGGAAUCCAUGAGAAACUCAUACUCUCCUUGGACACUGGAUCAAAUUCGGCAAAGAUCACCUGAAGAGUAUCCAAGUACUUCCAGGGGGAUUUCCCCCCAAAGAAAUGCUGGAGACCCGCAGAGAAGGCCAUUAAACAGGACAUACGAUGGUGUCAGACCAGUUCAAUAUGCAGGUAGGGAUGUUCUUGAAACUUCAAGGCCUCCAAGUGCUGCACCUUCAUCUUUCAUGCCAAGAUCCACAAUGUCUACCUUGCCUCCAGUAACUGCCAAGCCUGUACCAUCCCAUCCUGGUCGACUUCCUCCAUCAGGCAGUGUUCCACAAAGGCCUCCAUUUGUGCAACCACAAACUGUUGAUGGCUUGUUACAAGCACUGGGAUUACAAAAAUAUCAAAUUCUUUUCAAGGCUGAGGAAGUGGAUAUGACUGCAUUGAGGCAGAUGGGUGAAAACGACCUCAAAGAGCUUGGAAUUCCUAUGGGUCCAAGGAAAAAACUUCUUCUUGCACUCUUGCCUCGUAAACGUCCACAGUGAUGACUGUCUAUUGUGUUUGAUGCUGAAAUUGACCAAUUGUUGGAGCUCAGGAUUUUAUAAAAAAUAUUAGGUGAUGGUAAAUUACACAUCUGAGAAAUUUUAGUAGUAUACAUGUCUUGUUCAGUUUGGGGUUCGAAUGCCCCUUGUAUUCACAGUCACAUUUUUGCAUUCAAGAACAAUUAAGUAUCGGUUGAAUUUUUUGUUGGAAAUAUUGGUCUGUAAUAUAGUCGGUACUUAUUUUAAUGGAAAGAAGUAGAAACCCGAAUCAAUUUAACUCUAA